UGGUCAUAGUUUCCGAAGCCAGGGCGCGAACACACAACCAGGGCCGUUCAGUAGAUAUUAGUAUUUAGCGAGUACACACACCACUUGUGAACAUCGAUAUAUCGCAGAUGCUCAGCUCAUCUCCAGCUCAAGUUUACCGUUUCUUUUUAACGCAGGACGCGCUUGCCAAAAUUUGCAAAAAUAUAGUUGCGCUAAUUGAACUGCUUAGCUGACAAAAUGACGGGCGCAAAUAAAAGGCCUGGAUCACCGAUAGCGGACGCGGUUCAUUCAAAAGCGCCAAAAUCAGAUACAGUCGCUCUAGAAAAGAGCAGUCAGAUCCAAAAUAUGCGAGAAAAUGACCAUUCGGAAAAAUCAAACGAAAAACCCUCAAUAAAAAGCGCUCCGCAAGUGGCUUCUGAAGUUGAGACAUCAAAAACUGAAGCGCAAAUACCUCAGGCUACGGAAAAGACCCAGAAAGUCCAAACUUCCGCUGCCACCGAAGAGACUUCCAAAACAAAUAUCAAAAAGUCUCCCGAAUACGGCGAAGAAUUAUGGGCAGAUAUCCAGAAGCUGUCGCCCCAUACGGGAAUAAUACUUCAAGGCUUUAUAAAGCAGUACAACGACUCGCUCAUGAAUAUCAAGAAGAAAGACUUGGUUGUAAGCAAGAAAAUGAGAGCCAUCGUCAUGGACUCGCUGAAGAAAAAAGCGGAAAAUAUCACCCUUAAAGGACAGUUGUCACAUAUGGAGAUGCGGCUGAUCCAAGUGAAGAAAUAUUUUCUUAAGCAGCAGGAGGAGCAAGCAGAGGCGUACAUGGAAAUCAACAAAAAGUAUAUCCAUUGCGAGAAAUACUACGACAAAGAGCUGGAAAUCAUUAAAGCGUGUAUGGAGAAGAGAAAUUCAGAGCUCAAAGACGCACAAUCCCGAAUUGCCGUACAGGGGCGAGAGCUGAAUAAUAUGCAGCAAACGAAUCGCAAGUUAGCUGGGACUUGCACUGCUUAUAAGACGGAUUUGGAACAGGCAGAAGUGGCAAACUCUAAGAUUCAACAGGAACUUGCAGGAUUCAAGCAGAUGUACGAAGCCUUAACCGUGCAAUUUGAAGAUAUUUCUGCACAAAAAGAAAAUUUCGAGGCAAACAUCUUACAACUAAGCACCGACUUAAAUGCAAUGAUUCUUGCCUGCACCGAGCUUGCAGAGCGCAUUGAGCAGAUGCCAAUAGAAGCCAACAAAGUUUUGUCGAAACUGCAAAGUGAUUUAGAAGCCAGUGAAUUACGAUUUGUGGAGCAGCAACGAUUGACUGACCAAACCACGAAGGAACUUGAACUUCUUCGGAAUCAAAUAAACACGUCUAAAACUCUCAUUGAGGAAAAGGAAAGUCGACAUGUUUCCCUGAGUAAUGAACUGACUCAAAUGACGGAGAGGUUGAACGAACUAGUCGAUAUAAACGAAAGUUAUCUCAAUGAACUGACUGAAUCGAAGCUAAAGCACUCUCAGGAAAUUAAAGAGCAAGCUGAGGCCUACGAGAUUGUUGUUCACGAGUUGAAAGGGCUGUUGGACAAAGCGUCAGUGGAUUUUACACAGCUUAAGAGCAACAGUGAGGAACAACACAAUGAAGCCUUUCGACAGGUCUCCCAGCUCCAGGAAAAACUUAGUGAAAUGGUGUCCCACCGGAGCAAUCAGGAGGAACUAAUAAAGCGUCUUGGUAAUGAACUUAAUGAAAAAACCCUCGGCUUCGAAAAAGAACUUAAAAGACAACAGGAGCAGCUGGCUAAUCAAAUGCAGAUAAAGGCAACUGAAGUUGAGCGCGAAAAUAUGCGCAGUGCUGCUGAAAUAAAAAAACUCAAAUCUGAACUCGAGGAAAGAAAUAUAGCUUUUAAGGCUCAGCAGGAGAAAUUGGAAGAUUUGAUAAGAGAUCAUGAUAGGCUAAACAACACUGUUACCAAUCUUCAGGCUAAAAAGAAGGAAAUGGCGAAUGAAUUAUCCAGAGCCAAAGUGCAAUUUAGCCAGGAAUUAACGUCCCAGAAAGAUAACCUUAUGAAAAAGGUAUCCGAAUUGGAGCUAGAAAUUCAAAGAAAGGAAACUGAAAUUAUUGAACUCGAGCGCGGAAAGAACAAUGAAAUGGCCGUGCUUCAAUUUAAAAUGAAACGCAUUAAUAGCGUAAUCGACCAACCAGUAACCAUGAUUAAGCAGCUCAUGGAUUCCCAAGGGCAGACCAAAACUCAAAGCAUCCAGAAUAAGGUGCAACCGAAUGCAGCAGACGUAUUGCCAAGCGCUGCCAAAAAGCGUAAUGCUCGCCGUCAAAAAUUUACCACAUAUGCGUCAGACUUUGAUAGCGGAGAUGACAUGCCAAUCUUAAGCGAACAUUUAAGCGGCAAACGUCUUAAAUUAUCUGCGUCCGUCAAGCCACGAAAUGGAGUGGAUGUGUUCGACAGGUUGAAGACUUCUAAAUAACUAAUACGUACUAAUAACUAAUAAGUACUACGAACGUACAGAAAACAUUAUCAUUUCUUUACUCUUCGUCAUAAGUAAAAUGGAAGAAUAUUGAGUUUAGAAAUGAAUUCAGAUCAUUCGAUAUCAUUUCCACAUCUGUAUUUCUUUAAAAACUUGAACUGGACAAGUUGUU